GCCAAACAAAAGCAAGCCAUUUUUGGACUUCGCAACAAUGGAUUACAUUGCAAACUAUUGGCGCCUUGUCGUGCCCGUCAAAUCCACGGCAGAACUCACCGCGGAAGAGUUUCUGUUUGUGUUACCGUGGGUUGGCCCCCACGAGUUCGUCAGUUCCUCAUGUAUCGCGUUUAAUCGGUGGCGGCUUCUGGUUGUGUGCGUCCUGGGACAUGCCUGCAUCGGCUCCUUUAUGGCGUUCAACACGUUGAUGGAAGGGUUCGACGUGUACUUCUAUGGCCACCACACUGGCGCCACAAUUCAAGUGAUGCUUCUGUCGUUCGUGUUUUUCGGCUUUAGCGCUGCAUUUAUCGGUCCAUUUGUCGAGACGAAUCCACCCCGAGUGAGCUUGGCAACUGGAACCGGCCUGGUGGCGAUGGGGUAUUUUCUGGCGCAGCUGGCUGUUGUGGGCCAGAGUCCCUUGUUUUUAGCCAUCGGGUUCAGUGGCUUCAGUGGCACGGGCUUUGGGGUGGCGCUGAUAGCCCUGACAAGCGGGGUGCAAAAGUGGUUUCCAGACUACCGCGGUUUGGCCAGUGGCUUGUGCAUGUUUGGUCUUGGCCUUGGCUUUUGUGGUUUUACACUAUUGUACACUUGGAUGUUGAAGCGCGCUGGGCCAUACGAUCCUGUCACAGAUGUAUCUGCCAUUCCCAACUUGCUUUGGAGCACAGGGUUGGGCCUUGUGGCGACGUUAUGCUUGUGUGGGUGUGUGAUUCGUACCCCUCCAACCACGUUUGAAGUGAACGGUCAAGACAUCCAUGGCAUUCCCAUUAGUCGAGCCCCUAACCCCGACGUAGUUCACGACGAGUUUCUCAAAGCCGGAAUGACAUUGGUGAAUUACAAUCUCCUCCAAGACCACCAUGACACGCUGACAGACGUGCACUACUUUCAGCAAGUGAAAGCUAUGAGUUUACUCCAGUGUAUUGCGUCGGCCGAUUUUGUCUUGCUGUACAUUGGCUUUGCCGCCAAUGCGAUUCCAGGCAUGCUGUUUGCCACAGAAGUGUAUGACAUUGCCACUGGCGUAUUUAAUCAACCGAGCGACGUCACCAACCUCUUGGUCUUUCAAGGAUUUUUGACUAACUCUAUCGGCCGGUUGCUGUGCCCUCUCGUCUCGGACAUGCUCAUUCGAGUCUUCUAUGCCAACCCAGCCUUUGCCCGGAAGGCUGUGUUCGUGGCGCUCUUGACCGCCCAGCUCUUGGCGUUCUCAGUCGCUCACGCUGCCACGUCAUUUGACUCGUUUCGGUUGGUGUUGAUCGUCGUCGUAUUUUGCUCCGGGGGUGGCUUCGCCCUGCUGCCCUGCUACGUCACAGACAUGUUUGGGGUGUAUCACACGGCCACAAUGUGUGGCUUGGCGCUGACCUGCUGGUCUCUCCGAGCUGUGGUCGUGGGCUACGCCUUUGCUGCGUUUCGAGUGACCCAAGAAUCGCUGGGGCGGCAGUUCGACUGGCUUUUGAUCCUGGUGGCCGUAGGAUGGGUGGCGUCGCUCCUCGUGCGCACGAAUUCCAUGGACCGGUUCUACUUUGGGUACCAGUACAGCGUUUGCGGCAAAGUGGUGCUGCGAAUCGGCGGCGGGCCCGGAAUUCCUAUUGACGUCGUCGAAGGAAGCUUGGCCAUCCUCGAAACAGCUCGUGAUCGGAUAUCAAGUUCUACUCGCUGACCUAGCAGCAGAUUCGAGGUAACUAGCUACUAGUACCGUAUUAGAUUUAAAGAGUGCGACUGGUCUAUUAUUGAUGAUUUCAUUGUGAACAAAGCCAA